AUGACGUUUGAUGACUUUGACAAGUUUAAGGAUUCACCGGUUGUUCUUGUGACAUCUGAUCACCAAAGAAGUGGAAAGGAACACGACGCUGCGUUGAUCUGGACAGAAGAUGUGACAAAGGACUCGUUCAAGGCCUGUUUGCGAGAACUACAAAACUUUGAUGGCAAGCAUCAAGACAUUUAUGUGACCUGGUUUGCGUUUGCUAAGUUACAUAAACCACUUUUCACUGAGCAUGGUUCUGUAAACUUUCCAAAUACGGAUCCACCCACAGAUGAAGACAACAAUGCUUACUGCGAGUUUGUACACUUUACACGAAGUUACAAUGCGAUACCAUCCGUCCAAAUAUCAGCUAAUCACAGCACAACAGCGAGUGGAAACAUGGCACCAGUUCAUAACGGUAUUUCUGCGUGGAUUGAGAACAUGAAUGAGUCUGGAUUCAGAGUCUGCGUCAAGGAACUGUACGAGACCAGAUAUGAUCCUGUGUCAGUGAAUUAUGCGGUCCUAACAGACGUCUGCAAUCCCGGAUGGAGCUACUUCAAUGGUUUCUGUUACUUCACAAGUGAUACCUGUAGAGAUUGGACCACAGCAGUAGCAAAAUGUAGACAAGAAAGCUCAGUCCUUGUUGAUGUCAACAACAAUGAGGAAAAUGUUUACAUUCAACAUCGCCAUAAUGGAGAUAAAUCCUGGCUGGGUUUCAAUGACAGAUCAACAGAGGGUGAAUUUACUUGGGCGGAUCGUGGUCACGGAAACUUUACAGCCUGGGCCAAGAAUCAGCCAAAUAACUUCAAAGAAGAAGAUUGUGUGCACGCACUUGGUGUGAAACACAGCUAUGAAUGGAACGACGUGCAGUGCAGUGAUUGCCAUCAGUUUACUUGUAAGAGAGAUGGAAUGGGAGGCACGGAUACUAGCGAUACUCCUAAUCAGCUCAGGGUACGGAAUACGCUCCGUCAGUAA